AAAUGAUAUUUAGGAUAAUGAAGAUGUAGAGAUUUGCAAUAGGGCAUAUGUAUUUUAUAGAUUUUGUGAUCAUGAUUCAUCAUUGGUCUUUUACCUUGUACCACAUAGACCUUCAUGGCGAACACCAUUUCCAUGUUUUUUUUCAAAAUCCUAGAUGGGCAUUGUUGUUCACCAAAACUGAUUAACCCAAGAUCACCUGCAAAUCAAUCUAUGAGAAAGCCAAUCUCAAUCAAUGAAACACUUCAGGGCUUGGACAACAUAACUUAGGAUCCUAUUGAUCCUCCUACACUUCAGGUUCUGCUAGACCUAGGGGGGGACACCCUUUGAUGCAGUGAAUCAGACUCAUUUACCCACAUAUGACAGCAUCAAUAAAAGCAGGGAGAUCUCAUAAAAGGUUCAAAAAACAAGGAGGGUAUUAUAGAUGGGCUAGAUCUACACUUACAACUCAACAAUAUUUUGAAUCAUGAGAUGGAUGGAACACAACCACAGAACAGAAAAACAAAAGAUAUUCUGAUUUGAUUUUAAAUUUCCUGUGCAAAUAACUUCUAAUUGUAACAGAUCAGUGCCUUCAUCUGGGCAUAGAGUCAACACAAAUGGCCACAAAUGAAAUCCAAGCUGCAGAUCAGAUUCAUUGAAAGAUAUACCUGUACUAAUGCCUGGCAUUAAUACAUUUUGAACUUCAAAUCAAAAGAUCAUACAAAUCCAAACAUUAAUUCAGAAUUCACAAUUUCUGCUCAUUGAAUUUAAAUCCUUUAUGUAAAGCAUGCCUAAGAACAGGAAUUACACUCUCCCUUGGAGAAGAUAAAUUCAAAAUCCCUUGAAGACUGAAUUUAUUGAAAUUAAAAAAAUGCCCGAAGACAAUCCAAUGGAAAUGUAUAUAUGCCUUACAUAUAUAUGGCCUGCAACUAAGAAUUUACAGCUAAAUGUAUCUAUUCCAUGACAGAAAGAAUGAGAACAUCAACAAUUACAACCCAAAAAAUUAAAAUGCACCAGAUUGGAACCCCUCUUGGAAAUCUCCCAUAGAGAAUUUCUAAAAAAUUGGAACCCUUACAAUUGAGAAGAAAUGGGAAUAAGAAGAGGAGGGAAAAAGAUCACGUCUGCAUAGCACACUGCCAAGCGUCCCCUUUCUCCAACUGAAUAUUCUCCUUUCUCCUUCCCAUGGAAAUUGCUCUCGAAAUAUCUUAGAUCUGCUGGAACUAAUUCCAUAACUGCAUUCCUCAUUUCGAGAGCUUUCCGAUGAUAUAUAAUACCUGCUAUUUUGGGCAAAAAUAACCUCUCAGGCGAAUUAAACUUGGAAUGCAGACCAUCAUUUAAAUUUUUGCAUUAUACAUUAUAGUUUGCACUAUAUAUUUAAUUUUGAUUUUUCAAUCCAUUUUUUGGCCUGACGCCCUACCACGUGGCAACCUGCGAUUCGCUAGGAGGGUCCACUGGGUGACACCUGGGAUGACAUCUUACCUUUCGCCACUGGACUGCCUGCUUGUCGCCUCGUGGACUACCACCUGUCGGCCAUGUCACUGCCACCUCACUCGCCAUGUCAGUGGGACCUACGAGCUGGACCUCCACUUGGACCUGCCACGUCACCUUUCGCCAUUUCACGAAGGGUAACGGGCGUGCAUCUUUGCCUCGCAAAAUCACGCGCACUGUCGGAUCUUGCUGAACCUGCAUGCUCUUUAACUCUUUGCCACUUCGCGAUGCUUAACUGAUGAGCAUCUUCACUCCGCGACACAGCGCGCUUCGUUGAUCUUCAGGGAACUUGCUCACUCUUUAACCUUUUCGCCACUUUGCGAUGCUUAAUUGGCGUGCAUCUUCACUCCGUGAAACAUCGCCAGUCGUUAGAUCUCCUGCAACCUACUCACCAAUUAAGUCGCCCUUUCUCUGCAAAACUUGCCUACCUCGGGAUCCGUGCUUGCGUGGGGUCCACCUGGUUGCCACUCGGCCUCCUUGGUCGCCUCGAGAAACGCGCCCGCGCGCGUGGGGUCCGCCUGGUCGCCCAGCUAGCACCUUGUGUCAAAAGCCCUUAAGGCUUUGACAUUAUACUAGUGUGUAGCUUUGUAUUUAAAUACAAAAAGGUUCCCCUCCACAGUCAAUGUGGGAUAUAUGCAUUUGCCUGAGAUUGUGCAUUUGCUUGAAAUUUCUCAGAGUCUUUCAUGGCUGUCAAUGGCGUUUGCUAAAUACCUUCAUCUGCCUCCAUCUCACACUUCAUGCAGGGAGGAAGAAACGGCCAUUUACAUGCCCAAAUGCAUUUGUUUGAAAGGUCUAUUUUAAAAGACAUCGCCUUCCAAAGACCACGCAGGGAGGAUGCUGCUUCAAACCUGCCAACGCAUUAUGCUUGAAAGUUUCUUGAUGAUCUUUUAACAGCCAUCAUGGGAGGAGGUGAAAGAAUUACUACGCACAGCCUUAUGAUUUAACAAUGCUAACUUUAUAACUCGUUGAAAAUCUCUGCAGUCUUAUCCAUUUUACGCACAACAGGGAGGAGGCAUAGGGCGUGGAGAACACCAUGCUGAAGGAGGGAAACACCUGCUAAUUGCAUUAAUUUGAAGGUUUGAAUGCCCAUUAAACUUCCUUUUGUGGCUCACCCACCUCGCAGAGGCUCACGCACCUGCCAUAUUGCAUUGGCUCCAUGUUUUCAAUGGCCUUUUCAAUUCCAUGCUCCACUUUACAUCUGCAAUUUGCAUUUGUUUGAGGCUUCAACGCAGCCUUCCAAUCUCUACGCAGGGGAUUCAACAUUAAACACCUGCCAUAUUGCAUUUGCUUGAACUUGUUUUAAUGCCCUUUACCAUGCCACGUAGAGGGAGAUAAUUUGCUAUGGUUGAAAGUUGGAGUUUUCUGAUUGCUGCAACACGUGGGGGGGGGCUUUGUACCGUUUGCAUUUAGUUGAAAGUUUCUGCAGCCUUUGCCAAAGCCACACAGGGGAAAUUGGCUUCAAAUCUGCCAAUUGCAUUUUGUUUUAAACCUCCCCACUCUCCACGCAGAGGCAUCACUUGGCCUGCACCUCAUGUACUAGAGGAAUGUUGGCAAUAUAACCACUUUUGCAUUUGGUGAAAAGUUAAAAUGGCCUUCAGCCAUGCCACGCUGCCUUCAUUGAUUUCCUCCUUCCAUUGCAUUAAUUUGAAGGUUUGAACCUUUUUCAUGCCAAAGACCUACGGUAGGGAGGAUUUGGGGAGGCCAUGGAGUUUGGGCUUCAUGCUUUGCAUUUGAAAUCCCAAUGCCAACAAACCUAAAACUAUUUGCCCCACAAACCUGAGAGUAUGGACUUGUAGCAGAAUCCAAAAUGGUGCCUCACAAGCUCCUUGCAUUUCUUUGUCAGACUGUGGAUAAAACUACCAUAUGCACGCCCAAGAGCAGCAUUAAAAAUAAUAUAGCCAUCAACACCGGCAAUGCUUCCUUCAACUCAAGAAUCUUCAAUAUUCUUUCGCUCAACAGCUAAAUCAAAUAGACCUCAAGAUUGCCAUUGGCACUGAAAUACCAAUCUAUCUCCCAUCUUUCUUCAACUUUCUUUCUCGAUACUUAAAUCAUUUAACAUAUGAUUUAACAAUAACAAUUUAGAUCUUGCUGAAAAGGCACAUGAAGCCACAAGUCAGGUCAGACCCCAAAGUGGGUUCGGCUAAAUUUUUUUUCGUUUUCAUGCAAAUGAUCCCUGAAAACACCUUAGGAACCUUGAACAUGCCUCUGGAAUCGAUCGGUACCAUUUUCGGAUCAUCAAACUAAGUUUUGCAACUUUCAGGCGCCUGCGCCACAUUUCCGCAUUUAAUUGCGAAGACGUAAUUUUCAAACGGGUCAAAACACCUUUCUGGACCUCACCAUCUGACAGGCAUGUACUCUAAUAUACAAACAUGAACUCUACCAAGUGGUUUCUCAAGACGAAUCCCGAGUGAAGAAAUAUUAAUGGUCAAAGAUGACCAACUGACUUUGUCGACACUGCGGACCUGAUGAAGUCAAUGCGCAGGCAACACAUGAUGCCUUUCUUAAAAAUAUCAAACGAUCUCCACAGACCCUCAAAUCUGAGGCAUAGGUACCUUGAAGUACAUAUCAAAUCUUAGAAUGCUUAGUUCGACCGGGAAGCUGACUAGGUGCAAAUGGUGCGCUCAUGAAAAUAGCCACAUUAACUGAUAUAGCAAUGAAAGUACGGAACACUGAAAAAGAUGGCUCAAGAAAUCCUUUUGAAAACCGAUCAAAUGGAUUGGUAGGAGCUUGAAACUGGAAACAUAGCUUGUCAUUUAUACCAACAAUAGCCCGGAACAAACAUUCUAACAUGACACUCAUUGAGGCAACUUUUACACUUAUGCAAAACAGGGCUCCGACUAGCAGCUAAAACAGGGACUUGUCAAACCAUACAAAUUGCAAUCAGAUUGAGCUUGCUAAACUGAACAAAUGGAUUCACAAAGACUUGAAAUUUUGCACGGAGGCACACUUUUAUGCAUAGAAUUCAAUGCACUUUGAAACUCUUCAUGAUGAUCAAUAGGGCAAAAGAUAUAAGCACUCAAAGUAGGCUACUUGGUAAAAUCUGCAUAUGUGCCUAAAAUGCACUUUCAGCUCACCCCUUGAAAUGGGUACCUGAUAAAUUGAUCCAAACUGAAUUCUGAAAGUUGCACAACACUUCAUUAACCAAAUGAAAGGUGUAGGACACAUUUCCCAAGCCUUAUCCUUUGAAAAUCAACUAGCUCCAUUUUACCCUCUCUCUGACUAGUCCAUUCAAACUGACUCAUUUUAUGAUCAUUUGGAAAUGCAGAGCAAAAUUUUGAAAUGUGCCUCUCAAAUUCACUCAAAUUUAAUGAGUCCCAAUAGGCAUAUUGGAAACUAAACAAACAUUGAAUGGUUGUAAGUUUUUUUUGAAAAAGUAACUAAAAUGUCCUUGUCUUUGUUAGGGGAUGGCUAGUCGUCCUUGUGACAGAUAAGGAAUAUUUGGACAUCCUGUUGCAACCCCUAAUGUCCACAAUUGUUUUUGACAUCUCGGGGAUGUUAUCUAAUUUUUGACAAAAAAGGGGAUGAUAGGGGGAUAUUUUGUAAGUGUCCCCACAUCUCCGAAACAUACCCUAUAGGGGACAAAAGUAAAAGGGUAGGGGAUGCGUUUCCAAGGAGUAUUGAUUUUAAUGUAUUGCAAACUAAGGUUCUUUAGCUUCUUAUUGUUUGAUUCCAUAUUUCAACACCCAUUGAAUUCUAUAUAAAUCAGAACUAGGUAAAAUCUUCUUGGGUAAUUAGCAACAUGAUAUUAUGAAGAUUUAUAUUUUAGUUUCUCCUAAUAUUUUGAAGUCACUUUUAAGAUGCCUAUAAACUAUAUAUGUUACAAGUUGAGGAGUUGUAUUUGUGGGAUAUUAUUGUAUUAGUUUGACUUUAUGUUUAUGUAAGUGCCAUUGAGGUAAAAAUGUGUUCAUAGUUUUUGUCCUAUCACAUGCCUUUGGUGAGUAAAAAUUUACAAUGAAGGUAGGGAGAUUGGAGUUCAAUUCUUCUUGUCUGAGGUAGGCUUUGAAGCCUUGUCAAAUUUUUUGCUUUUUGAUUGUUUUGAAGAGUGGAUAUUUUCUAAUUUUAUUCAAAGUGGGGCUAAUUCCCUGUUGUGAAAGUUAAUUUAACACAAUAUUUUAAUAUUCUAUUAAAUAAUAGGAUACAAUUACAAAGAGGUUCGUCUCCUUAUAUAGACAAUGGAGGAUGAAACCAUGCAAAAGGAUAAGCAUAAUAUAACUCACCCAACACUAAAAAUAGCAAACUAAAAAGAUAGAAAAAAAACGUGACUAAGGUGACUUUAUUGCAACUGUAAGCCUUCUCUUCUAAUAAUUAUUUACUACUAUUUUAAUACCCCUUCCUUAAGUCUUACUUCGGUGAAUCAAAACAUAUCAACUAAAAACACCCCAAACCGUGAAUUUGCCAUUCUUUAGAAGCUUUUCUUUGAAAACAGACCAUACAUCAAGUAGAACUCCAAGCUACCUCAAACCUCCGUAAAGAUGUAGCUUCUGAGCUGAAUUCCCAAGUUCCUAGACUAAUAUUUCCCUGCACUCCUGAAUUGCAAAUCUAUUGAACUAUUGGAUGACAAUCCAUGCUAAGAUACACUAAUAGAGAUCCAUCAAGUUGUCUCAUAACCCUCAAAAGGGUAUGACUCCCAAGAUCCACAGGCUCCCAAGUUAACUAGGCAACCAUUCAUUUUGAGCUUUAUCUACACUACCUUCCUACCUAUCUUCAAAGUGUGGACUUCUUAGAAUAUAUGCAAUUCAUCAUUCAUCUUCUAGGCUCUCCUAGCAAUGCAUCUGGAGGAUCUUCAACAUGGCGAUAAAGUGUUUACAUUAACUUCAAGAUGUACCUUAACACAUUUUACUUCAAGAUACCCAUAGACAAAGUGCAUAGUUGUCCAAGCUUCCGAGUUUGUUCCGUCUUCAUUGUGCUGAUCAUUGAGAGCAACUCCAGCGAAAAGAACAAUGAAUGCAAUUAUAGAGUCUAAUGUUGCUACUACCUUAAUUGCAAAAGUAAGUCUGUCACCUGGAAUCUCAACACCCAUAACUUGAAAAAUGUUUCGAUCAUUCCAGUACUUCAUCAUCAUAGAUGGGCCUCCAAUCUCAUCCAUUGUAGUGAGCACACAUCAGACCCAACUCACCCAUGAAACUUUUUUCAUGUGAUGUACUAAAUAGCUCACAAAAACCCUCGAUAAAAAAUCUUUCACAAUAGCCCAGCAAAAUAAAUGGUGAAACCAUAUGCCCUAGCUGCUGCAGAGUAGAAACCAAGUGUGCGGAUUAAUCUUGCAUAAAAUCCGCCUAUGAUUUUCAACCAUGGAAAAAUUUGUUAAAAAUCUUGGCAUAAAAAGACUUGAGUAAUGGCUGCCGAAAUAAACAGGUUGCAGCACAAUUUUAACUUGAAAAGAGGUGCGAUUUAACUCGUACCCAAGGCAGGGCAUGAUUUGUGGUAAAAUAAAAUACUGAUGAAAAAAAUAACCUCAUGAUUUUUGCUACUUCAAAACUUCAUACUUUGGCUGAGCUCAAUUUGGGAGUAAAGACCCUGGGGUUUCGUGGAGAGGCUUUGAGUUCACUUUCUGAUGUUGCUUUGCUUGAGGUGACUACAAGGGCACGUGGAAGUCCAAACGCCUACACAAAAAUUGUAAAAGGUUGUAAAUGUUUGUCACUUGGACUUAGUCAUGGCACUCGAGGACUUGGAACAACAGUUAUUGCCCGUGAUGUAUUUUACAGCCAACCAGUUCGAAGGAGGCUGCUUCAAUCCAGUCCCAAGAAGGUUCUGCAGUCAGUAAGGGAGCGUGUUCUCCGGAUUGCCCUUAUUCAUCCCCAUGUGGCAUUUAAAGUCAUAGAUGUGGACAAGGAAGAGGAAGUCAUUCACACCAAUUCUGCCACGUCUUCCAUUUGUAUACUUAGUAGCAUUUUUGGGACUGAGCUUGCCAAUAACUUACGUGAACUUGAUUUUGCCAAAGGAAAUCUAAGGCUUUCUGGAUUUUUGUCGAAGUCACCCAAUCAUCUGUCUUCAAAGGCUGUGCAGUUCUUCUACAUCAACUCUCAUUUUGUUCAAAAAACUCCCAUCCAUAAAUUGCUGAACAAACAAUCAACCAAAAUCAAGAGCAUUUUGGUACCAUCAGACGAUGAUCUGGAUCAAAUAGACAGAGGAAAUGAAAAACCAGUCAAAGAUUCCUGUGAGAUGCAUCUAUAUCCAGCCUACGUUUUGAAUCUGAGUUGUUCCCUUUUGAGCUAUGAUAUCACAUAUGAAGUAUCAAAAACUAUGGUGGAAUUCAAGGACUGGGCACAUGUUAUUUCGUUUAUUAAUGAAGUGCUCCAGCAAACAUGGGGACAGUUUCCUGCUAAUUCUCCCCACAGAGCUUCAAGAUUUGAUUUAUCUCGAAGCGAUGCAAAAUCAACAACAAAGAAACGGAAAAAAAUGCAGCAUAUAAAUCCAACACAUCAAUUUUCUGGUAAGACUGAAGCUAGAAAAUCAAUGGAUGAUUGUCAUUUGCCAGAUAGGGAAGCAUGUUGCAAAAGAAAACAAAGAGAAGUUUCAGCUGAACUAGUUAGUGAAAUUUCACAGAUGCCUGUGCACCUAAGAAUUGAACAAAACACAAAUAAAGCUACUCUAUCAUCAAUUUCUUGUCGUGACAAUGUGUCAGAAAUCACAUUCAACAGUACUCAAUGGUGUGCACCAAAGAUACAUGGUUCUAAAGAAGAAAAUAUUCCUCCACUGCAAAGGAAAAUAUUUGGUAUAAAAAGUAAAAAGGAUGAGGAAAACAACGGAUUCCUGGAAAUGGAGUGGGAAAACCAGGUUCCUGGAAGUGGCAUGGAAAUUCCAGAUAGAAGACAAAUGAAGUUCAAGACAAUGUCUGAUUUAUAUUAUAUUUAUGAUGAUGAAGCUCAGUCAACAUUCUACACUUUGAAGAGCAAAGAUGUGCUUUCUAAACGUGAAUCUGCUGAAGAAAUGAUGAAAGAUGUGUUGACACCUGUCUUUAGCAAUGAGAAGCUUCUAGGUAAAGAAGUUAGAUUUGGGCCAGAUGAUGGAGAACAGAGUAACUCAUAUGUAAGAAUGCUUGAUUCGAGUUGUGAUGAGGAGCAUUCAUUGUCUUCUCAGAUGUCUUGUUCUUUUUUAUCUCCAAUAACUAAUGGCUGGACCCCAGUAACCAGAAAAUUGGGAAGACAUAUGUGGGGAGAUGAUGAUCAUAGUAUUUACAAAGAAAUUGAUUGGCCCAGAGACGAAGAGUUAUUGGAAAUUGAUUAUUUAAUAGCUAAAGAUAACAUUCAAUCAGUAAGGGCACCUUCUACCAUAUCUCCAGAAUCGUGCACAUAUUCUCAGGUCGAUUCUUUGUAUGCCAACAGGGGAAAUCGUUUGGCUAGAAAUAGAUCUCUGCAAAUGGAUCUGGAAACUGUGUCAUUAAAAGAUAAGUGUGGCCAGAAAACAAGUGGUGUCCAGGCAAUCUCUUUCUGUGUUAACUCAGACAAGCUUAUUAAAGAUUCCUCGUUGUAUUUUAAGAAUGGCCUAGACUCACACAGAUCAAAAUUUGGAAGAAUUACUAAAGAGUUAUGGGGUGUCAAUGAAAGGAAGAAAGGAUCUCAAGAAUUUCAACCAUAUGCGUUUUCUUCAAAGGACAGAGAUUUAAAUGAUGUGGAUUUUCAAACUUAUGACUUUGGUUUAGAUCAUCCAUCUUCAAGCAAAUUGAGAAAAAUGGUUCCCACUGUUUCAUCUUAUUCUGAAUCAAAAGAUUACAAUCAGCAUACCUUGGGGUCCAGAUAUGAUAUGGAAUUGAUAACCAAGAGGUUUUAUCAUGCUUCUUCCAAAGCUAUCAAAAGAAGAAGUAUGUCUGCCCCACCUUUGUACAAGUCACGAAGAAAAUAUGGACUUCACAUUAAUCCUCCAUGCAGUCUGUCAACAAUAACUACAGAGAGCAAAUAUUGUUCUGACCGUUCCAAGUUAUCAGGGGGGGAUAUUCCAAUAUCAGAUUUCCAGGUUGAAUUGGAGUCUACUUUCAGGGAUGUUCAGGAACCAAAUCAAUUGGAAACAGACGUGCAGGAAGAAGAAGAAACUGUGGAGGCGUUUGAGCAAUCUGAACCAUUACUUCUGCUGGAUAAACCUAACUCAUUGACUGAGAAUAAAAAUGCUGAGUGUAAGCUGGCAACAAAUGGAGUGCUGUCUUGUCCUAUUGCAUUAUCAGCCAUUGAAAAUCCGGGAGAUCUGCUAAUGGUAAACACAUUAGAGGAUUGGAAGCAAAAAUACUUGAGAAAUGAUUGUGAAGAUGAUGUUCUAAAUAUUUGUUCAGGAGCUUUGAACUUGGCUAACAGUGAUUUGGUACCAAAAUCAAUUACUAAGGAUUGUUUCAUGAAAGCAAACAUCCUUCAGCAACUGGACAGAAAAUAUAUUGUGAUUGUUGCCCAAGGCAACCUUGCUGUUGUUGACCAGAUUUAUUACUGCUGUGAUAGUUCAAAGCCCAGCCGUACCAAACUGGAGAUUGUUGUUGUAGCUGCUUGGAGUUUGAUACAAUGUAAAAGCUGGAAACAUGUAAUAGAGACCUCUUCUCCAGUGCUAUUGAUCAGGCAUGCUGCAGAUGAAAGAAUUCGCUUGGAACAACUCCGCAAAGAGGUUCUGGAAGCAGAGGAAAGGAAAAGAAUUACUUUCCUAGAAUAUGAAGAAGAACUGGUGCUUCCUGUGGGUGGAGUGCAGCUCCUUCAAAGUUACAGUGAUCGAAUAGAAAAAUGGGGAUGGCGCUACAAGAUUGUUUCUCACAAGGAAGGGCCCUUCAGAAGGAAGGCACACCAGCUGCAUAGGAGCAGUUGUAAGGCCAUUCUAACUGCGGUGCCUUGCAUUUUGGGCGUAGAUUUGACAGCAGAAGACCUUUCUGAGUAUAUUCAGCAGCUUGUUCAAACAGAUGGCUCUUCAGCUGCUCCUUCAGCUGUCAUCCGUAUUCUCAACUUCAAGGCUUGCAGAGGUGCAAUAAUGUUUGGAGAUAUGUUAUUGCAAUCAGAGUGUGCAUUACUUGUGGAAGAAUUGAAGAGAACAUCUCUUUGUUUCCAGUGUGCCCAUGGUCGUCCAACAAUAGUUCCCUUAGUCAAUCUUGAGGCAUUACACAGACAACUCACAAAAUUUGACAAAGCCAGCCAUAGUGGUAGAGGACUACUAGGCAAUUCAUCUACUACGAGUGGCAAUGCUUCCCUGUAUUCAACAAAGUGUUGGCAUCGGCUUCAAAAGCAUAGAGCAACACUUGAACGUGCCAAAAUGCGGCUAAAUUAAAUGAUUGGAAUUUAAUUUAAAUAAUGCUAUCCUCUGAAUAAUUCAUAUUUGUUAAUAAUUUCUGUAUCAGAAUUAAGAUGCAGUAAAAAAUUAUUCAUUUUCAUGGGAUAUUCUUUGAUAGCAAUGUUCUGUUUAAUGUAAUUUUUUACAUUGACAUUAUUUGAAUGUAAUGGAAGAUCUCUAGCCGGUAGAGAGAGGAUGUGAAUAACACCAUAUAGAGGUCCCUCAUCUGAGAAGCUGUAUCUUCUUUGUAAAAUAGCAUGAUCGCUUCAAUUGUAUUGUCACCAUUGUAGUGAGAUUGCAACAUACCUUUUUAUACGAGUGUGGAUAUAGGGAAAUCACCUCAAGAAACAACCAAUGCAACUACAUUGAGGAUAUUCAAUAUCAAUCUAUUCAAUUAAAAGAUUACAUUGUUUUGAAUA